CUGAUGAAUUAAAAAUACUUAACCUCAAACAUCCAAACCAAACCAAAAUAAUUAAUUACUGUAUUAUUAUUAUUAUUAUUAUAUAUCAUUUUUUGUUAAGAUGUUUAUAAAUCUAUUAUCAAUAAACGUUGACUAAUCACACAUUGUAUUCAUAAUUUUAUUUUGAUACCUAAUUGAAGCUUGAAAAUCAAUCUACUGGAUAAAAGUAAACUUUCAUUCUCUCAUCAUCUUCAGCUUCUCCACAAGCAGAAUAUUGGGAAAAAUUUUGUAAAUAUGCACUCCUUUAUGAAUAUCCACUCAAGGUUUGUGGUUGGCGUAUCAACAUUUGUGGUGGCUUUCAUACUGGUAGCCUUGGUUCAGUACUGGCUGGGACACAUUUCCGAGGUUGAUGCCGAUGGAGAAGGAGGAUGUACCAUGAAUGACACAUUAUCAUCAUUAUCUACCACUGAAGAUGACCGGGAGCCUCAAGAAGUGAUAGAAAUUUCGGAAAUUUUGCCCAAUUGCGGCAUACCGACAGAAUGUCCUCCGGACACUUUUCCGGUGCACAUCUACACCGGCCAGGACAAGGACGACAGACCCAAACUGUGCGUUCUGGGAAAAUAUGUGAUAAGCGGGAACAUGGCGACGAGCGGUGGUGGCGGGGGAGGGCGGGGCCUGAACGUGGCCUUGGUGGAGACGCGACACAUGAGCAUUGUCUCGGUGCAGAACUUCGACCUCUACAGUCAGAACAGCUCGGCGCUCGAGUCCUGGCUGGACGAGCGAGUGAGAGAGCGUGAUAUCAUCAUCGCUUUCACUUUCGACGAGGCCUCCAAGGAGCUCAGCAAGAAGGCCAAGGCCUCGCUCUACAAGCUCGGGAGCGGCAAAAUCCAAGACUUGCAGUUCAGAUCUCAGUGGUACAUGAUCUCACAAAAAGGCAUCAAAGGCUUCACAGCUCUGGAGCGGCUCACCUUCGCCAAGAAUGAUCACUGGGGUGAAGCCAUCGACGAGAGGAUGUGUGUUCCCAAGCAAAUACCUUCAGUGGCCAUCACUCCUGAUCCAUAUCCGAGGAAGAACACCGUUCGGGAGAAAGUAUGCCGUGAAGUGAUUCAACUUCAGUGUACAGACUUUUGUGCAGCUGACAGCCAGCACGAAGUGUUUUCGCCGGCAUUGUUGACGAAUCGCAGCCUGAUUGGUAACCCUGUCUUCUCGAGUCCCAUUGUGGUGGUGGGCUCGCCACAGCUCAGUUCAUUAGUGCUGACGUUGCAAAGUCUCGUUCAUCAGCCUGGCAUACAUGCGCCCAGUGUGCUCGUUGUCUAUGGCCAAGGUCAAACUCAAGAUCAAACUAGUUUCAAAGGUCAAACCAGGUUUCAAGGACAUAUACAAGCUCAAGGCCGCAGCGACUACUCAACAGCAGCUAACUUGUUGAACGGUCAAGGUCAUCCUAAAGGUCAAGCUCAACCCCAAGGUGAUAGGAAGUCUCAAGGUCACAGCGACUAUUCUACAGUCAUCAAUCUGUUCUCCUUUCAGGCAGUGCCUGUCAAUGUUACCUCGGAUGACACUAGGGAUUACAUACGGAAGGGUGUUGAAACUGCGAAAGAGCGUUUUCCAAAUAAGAAAUACGUGAUUGUGAUCGAAGAGGGUGUUAUAGUGUCUCCCGACUUUCUGCACUAUAUGGCACAAAUGGUGUCAGUUUUGGAAAAAGAUACAACAGUUCUGGCUAUUUCCGCAUGGAAUCCGAAUGGUUAUGUAAAUGUGUCGAGUAAUCCGUACUUGGCAUACAGGAGUGAGGACCGCCCUCAAUAUGCUUACAUGGUGCCUUUCAAUGUCUUCUACGCCAAUAAACUCACUCAAAACUGUUCAAAACAAUCUCAUCGCGAAACGCCCAGCAACUCCUCAGUAGCUGUUGAUAUAAUUUAUCCCGAAGUAUCACGGGUGCUAAAAAGACCGUUGGAUAUACUUCUUAGUGGCAAACCAUACGCCUACCAUUUGGACAUUCCACGCUCCACUAACAUAGACCCAGCAGUGUGGAUAGAGAAGCCUGAAGGCAUGAUUAUGGACCGCUAUGUAGAGCAUUUGGAGUCGUUACUUAAUCAAAGCAGAGAGUUUGUGAUUGCCAAUGAAGAUAUUGCAAGUUGUCCAUCCAACUUUCCCAUUUCAAAUAUCCUAUUCAACGAUAUGAGAAACCACUCGAUCAUUACCAUGUAUUACAAAGAGUCGAACAGUGAUAAUCACACCGUUCUAAGAGCUCUAGCUGGCUGUUUCGGGUUGAGAUUUCCCAGCGACAAUAAUCCAACACCUCCGGGCCUUUUUAGAGGCAUUCUUAGGUUCACAUUCAACAAUAGACAUGUGAUGCUGAUCGAAUCCAAAUCUCAAUUUUAUAAGCCGAAACAAAAUAUCGUUGAAAAUAAAUCCAUGUGAAGAUGAGAUUUCUCCUAUUGUCUCAUGCAAGUACAGUACUACACAAUUAUAAAUAACUUGAUAUUUUUUAAGUUUCUGAUGAGAAUUGAAAAUAGUGUGAUAUCUCGUUUUUUAUUUUUCAAUGAAUCCUACAAAUUCUUGAUUUCUGGUAUAAAAAUAUUAUUCAACUGGACAUUUUUUAGAUUGUGUGAAAGUGGAUACCUAAUCUUAUUUCGGACUAUUUUAUUCUUUACAAAUUUGGGUGAGAAAUAUUUCAAUGUCCACCUUCCUUCUCUCCCAAUCAUUCCAAUGAUAAUUGUACAAUAAUGAAAAAUAACUAAAUAAAUCAUCGUUUUUUAUAAAUAUUGUGUAUUUUUGUUAGCUUCAAUAGACUAACAAAUUUCGACUUCUAUAUAAUAGCCUCUCAUCGACUGCUUUUAUUCCGUUCUAUUAAUUUUGAAAACUAAAUAUGGAAUUUAGAAUCUAGUUGAAUAUAGAAUCUAUUAUUUUUAAAAUUAGUCGAUUAUAGAAGAGGGAAUGAAAUAAUGUAAAUAAAUAAGGCAAAUCUAAUUCGAAUAUUUUUAAUGCUAUAAAUUUCCAAUAGCUAUUCAUACAACCAAUUCAUAUCGAUCUUAAAAGAGGACUAUUGAUAAACUAAUACAAUAAACCAUUUACACAAAAGUUUGAAAAUUGUUGUCUAUAAGUGACAAAAAAAAUUGCCAGUGGAUUACCGUAGGCACAUCAAUACUGUUUUUACAAAAAUAAUUAUGACUUAAAAAUGCUACUUAUAUCUAGUUGGAAAAAUACUUUUAUUUAUACAAAUUUGCAUGGCCUUGCCAUUAAGUUA